AUAACAAAUAAUUUGAGGUGAUGUUAUAGCUGCUCCCUGGCACAAGAUAAGAUCAGGAUAUAAUGUCUAACCUAAAAGCGGUAGGGAAUCAGAGCAAGAUGGGACGGUCAACGGUCAACAAGAGUCGUGCAGGAGGUAACUUUGGUCGGAGUAUGAUCGGAGGCAAGAGCGUGAUGUCGUCCAGAACUAAUGUAUCUUCUAGACGCAGUGCUGGACUUGACAAAUCAAUCAACAAACCUACACAAACGGUGUUUGACGAGGAUGGUAAUGAUGUUACUCCAGCCCCGCUGGUACAAGUAGAGAACGCCAUACCUAAGGGACCCAGUAAAGGUAGUGUUGGAGGUGAUCAGAGUGCAGAUGGGACUCAAACCGCGUCAGUGUUUGGUCAGAGUGUGUUUAUAGGAGGACAGAGUUUUGCAGCUCCCUUCUCCAGAACGGGGAUGGAUAUAGGGAUGAGUGGGAGUAGCUACAUGCAGGGAGACGAUGACAUUGGGGACGACACCACCGCUUACGGAGGUAUCUCACAUGUGCAAAGGGAGCACACACACGUGACAGAGAUUCUAAACGAGGACCAACUUGAAGAACAGGUAAAGAUCGUGCUAACAGAAACCCCCACCAUAUUCCUCAUGGAUCUCCGCGGAACAGCUGUAGCUUCUGAUGCUCCUGACUAUGAGGAGGUUAAGUCUAAGAACGAGAGUUACGCGGAGCUGCUGAAGAAUCGCGCUGGUAACGAUAGUUACGUGCCGAGAGGAAUGCAGACCUUGAACAACCCAACCAAACAGAAGCUUGUUCAAACACAGCCAGUAGGGGACAGAGAUACCGGGUGCAUGGCUACAAGCUGGGACAUGUACGAUACGUAUAAAGCGCUGGAGGAAGCUAGCAAGGGGUCCGGGGAUGGAGAUAACGACGAUGACGAAAUACUGGGCGAGGUAGUAAAGCCUGACAAGAAGGGUGAGAAAGGGGCGGCGUCACAAGGCCAAAAUGGGGCUGCACUUCCUGCUGGAGUUGGGGAGAGUACCAGUACGGGUAACGAGAGUAGCAGACUUAGCGUCAGCGUGAUGACGGAGAGCUCUGUAGCCAUGGACGACAAGCAACCUGCGCAAGGGAACAACGUCAAAUCUCAAGAAGUAUCAGCAGAAGAAGAAGCAAGAACAGCCGAGAACAUUCUCAACUCACCCUCUCUGGCAGCUAACCUGUGUAUCAUGGAGAGGGUCGUUACCAGGAACAUAUACCAGGGUAAACAGGCUCUGUACAGGAGUAUGAAGAUAUUACCUGACCCUGACUCUGGUGAUAGCAAGGAGGAAGCUGACCUAUCAGUUCUGGGUCCGAACGUUGAGCGACUCUGGACUUAUGGCGGAGUUCUUACCAAGUCCCACAACAUCAGUUGUAUGACAUGGAAUAAGAAGAAUUAUGAUAUCCUGGCAGUUGGCUACGGGGAAUACGGGUUCACUAACCAAAAAUCUGGUAUGGCAUGUUGCUGGUCCAUCAAGAACCCCGAGUACCCAGAGAGAGUCUACAAGACCUCCUCCGGUAUCACUGCACUGGACUUCUCUCUCCAGAACCCCAACUUACUGGCAGUGGGCAUGUAUAAUGGUACUAUUGCUGUGUAUAAUGUCCGCUUCAGCUCUCAGCUCGCCAUUCUGGACAGUAAUGAGACGCCUAGUAACCAUCUGGGACCUGUUUGGGAGAUAAAGUGGAUAGAACGGGAGUACCAUGCUGGGGAGGAGAGAUCGGAGAAUAUUAUUACUUCUAGUACCGACGGCAAGGUGACACAAUGGAUGAUCAGGAAAGGGUUUGAAAGUGUAGACCUGAUGAAAUUGAAGAGGAUCGGGAAGAAGACCACUCCUGAACAAAAAGACGCGCAAGCACAGAACCAGCAGGGAGAGGGUGAUGCUGGCAAGGCUGGUCAGAAGAUGAGGGGGGAAGCAUUCAUCUCUAGAUUUGCUGGAGGCCUAGGUUUUGACUUCUACCCGAAGAACAACAACAUAUACUUGGUUGCAACAGAGGAGGGAUUCAUACACAAGUGUAGUUGUUCUUACAACGAGCAGUACUUACAGACCUACACGGGACACACUGGACCUGUGUACAAAGUGAAGUGGUCUCCAUUUGAGGACUGUUUCCUGACUUGUGGUUCAGACUGGACUAUCCGACUGUGGCACUCUGACAUAACUAAACCAGUCCUUACGUUCGUGUCCUCUACCAAGAGUGUUAACGAUAUCUGCUGGAGUAAUGUCUGUGCAACUGUCUUCGGGGCUGUCAGCGAUAACAGGAUAGAGAUAUGGGAUCUGAGGGCGACUAACCUAGAUCCAGUGAUAAUAUCUAGUGUAUCUGACCCUGAAACCAGACUCUCAACAUUCCUCUUCUCCGAGGGCUCGAGUACUCUACUGGUGGGAGAUAGCAGUGGUCACGUUACGGUGUACCAGCUACGGAACAUAUCAGAUGCCUCCACUACUCACAUCCAGACUUUAAGAGACAUCGUGCAACCCAUACCAACCUCUCAGAGUAUGAGUCUCUCCGCUACUUCCAUUACCAGUCAACCAGAUCGUUGAUGUGGUUGGUGUGGAUGCAGAAAGAUAACCAAGAACAACAAUCCAGAGACUUCCUCCAAACUCUCAGUACGGCGAAAUGAACAAACAAUAAGCCUGAUAACG